CACCCCUCCCCCACCGCUCCCGCCCGCCCGCCCGCCCCUCGCAGCCCGGAGCCAGCCCGGCCAGCACAGCGAGCCAGCAACGGCAAGCCACCGCCACAGCGCCUCCACAGCACAGGCCUCCCACAUCCACGGGCUCUCGUUGCAGGCGGCGCCCGGGAACAGGCGCCCUGAGCCGGGCGGCGGUUUACAAAUUUAGACCGGGGAUCGAGAGACAGGUCAUCCAAAACCCGGGGAGGAACAGAGGGACCUUGCUGUACCAGUCCAGAAUCCUUUAAGGUGGCAGCAGAGAUAGAAAGCUAAUGUUCACAAGGAGAAGAAUCACGUGAUGUAUGAAGGCAAACACAUACACUUCUCAGAGGUCGAUAAUAAGCCAUUGUGCUCCUACAGUCCCAAGCUCUGCAAGCAGCGCCGGCUCAACGGCUACGCAUUCUGCAUCCGCCACGUUUUGGAGGACAGAACCGCUCCUUUCAAGCAAUGUGAAUUUGUGGCCAAGUACAACAACCAGCGGUGUACAAACCCUAUCCCAAAAUCUGAAGAUCGAAGAUACUGCAACAGCCACCUGCAAGUCCUUGGUUUGGUGCCCAAAAAGGAACGUAAGAAAAAGUAUGAGCAGCUAGACGAGGUGCGCCCCAGACUGCACCCCGAUGUGGCCAUGGCAGUCAGCCUGGCAGUGCCCACGCUGGCCCUGAAGACGGCAAAUGGUUUGGAUGGACCCACGCGAACUCCGCAGAUGCCGCGGCUGCCCCUCCAGUGCCUGGAGCGCGAGCUGGAUGACCCCUUUGCUUUCCCCGAUGACGACGAUUGCGCACUGAGGAAAGGGACUGUCAAACGGAAGCUUCAGACCAAACUUGCUCAGAACCGGCAGCAGCUGCAACAGCGGCUGCUUCGCAAGCCCGAGAUUUUGAGACUGCAAUCAGAGCACUUUAUCCCCCGCCCUGCGCCGCAUCGGCCGCUCUACCCCGGCACUCCCCCUCUCUCCAGCCCCCCACGACCUACUGUACUGUCACAGGGCCUGCUAUGCAAACCCCCACCGCCCCCCAGCCCCGGACUGCCGCCAGCAGCAGCCCAAUGUACGGCUGCAGCGACGCCUGCCUCUCCCUCGCCAAACAGGAGGCCCCACCGGACCGCCUCCCCGCCUCAGCGAACAAGGACGCCGCCCCUCCCGCAGCCUGCUGCUGUCCCACCCACGCCUGCGGCCAAGGCAGCGGACUCUUCCAGGCCCAACAUGGUGGUCCUCAAGGCUUCAAACUCCACGCCAGUCUGCAGGCAGCACUCGGCCUGUGUAAACAGGCUCCAGAGACUAGCAAAGCUGUGUGCUGAGAAGCAACAAUUGCAUCAGGAUCUCUUUCCACAUUUAGGGCUAGACUGGUCAGAGGACAGUGAGGAAGAUGAGGAGGAAGAUGAACGUGUGCCUCGUUGCCAGUAUGCUUGGACGUUGCGAGACAAAUGGUCAGAUGUUCACCUAGAGUCCGAAGAUGAGUCACGGAGUACAAGAAGGUUAAGAGUGACACGACUCUGCACUUACUUGCAGCACAGAUACUCGCAGCUCUGUCAUGUGGAGCGAGCAGCGGCACGCCAACAAAGAUGUCGGCACGCCUUCCGGAGGGCCUUGCUGCAGGCAGCCAGCAACGAACCUGAUUACACCGGGCAGUUGCUUCGAGACCUCAAAACAGGACCCCCCACGCAGCCCAGCGUGAAGCAGCCCGACCACAGAGUAGUGGAACCAGCACUGUGCACAGGAGGCAUCAAGGGCCAGCACUGCCCCAACAUGUCUCUUCCAUACACCAGGCAUUGUUUCCAACAUAUCUUGUUGAGUCACUCGCAGCAGCUGUUCUCAAGCUGCACGGCCAAGUUCGCAGAUGGGCAACAGUGUUCCAUUCCAGUGUUUGACAUCACGCACCAGACUCCACUGUGUGAAGAGCAUGCAAAGAAAAUGGAUAAUUUUUUGCGGGGUGACAGUAACCGGAAAGUCCAGCAACAGAGGAAACCCAGGAAGAAAACCAAGCCUCCAGCACUUACCAAAAAACACAAGAAGAAACGGCGAAGAGGCCCUAGGCGGCCUCAGAAACCCAUUCCUCCAGCAGUACCCCAGGGCAAUCUCACAAUGCCUUCCAGUCUUGGCAUAUCAGUCAUGGCUUCCCAUGUCAGGGACUCUUCAACUCCAGAACUCAGUGCUGACGAAAUCCCUGAUGACAUCACCAACGAGAUCACGGAUAUGCCAAAUGACCUGGAACUAAAUCAGGAAGAGUUGGCAGAGGUUCUUCAGCGAUUGCCUGAUGAUUUGCAGGACUUCGACCUCUUUGAAGGUAAGAACGGUGAACUGCUGCCAACGACAGAAGAGGCGGAGGAGCUGGAGCGGGCGUUGGAGGCGGUGACUUCGUACGCCGCCUCGCUGGAGUGCCUCAGUUCCAUCGGUGAUCUAGCGCACACGGACGGAGACGGCGACCAGGAGCUGUCAGGCAGGGGAAUGGGUGCGUUCGUCGCCGCUGCCGGCAUCCCGGUUCUCAGCCGGGCCGUCAACAACGAUCUGGGGGAUCUCCUCAACGGCCGCAUGUCCACCGAGAACUUCUCCAGCCUGGAGCUGGACGAGAACCUCCUGCCCGCCCCCUCGGCGCUGUCCAGCCCGGCCGGAUCGCAGGGCGCCUAUGCCUCGCCGCCGGCGGUGGGCCAUGCCUCCUUGUCGGCCCUCGGCGAGCGCGCCUACCCGGCACAUUUCCACGGCCUGCGGGCCGAUGGCAGCCGCUUAUCUCCCCGCGCCCAUCUGCUGGGCAAGGCCGAGGAGCUGCUGGUGCCGCGGUCUCGCUGUGGGAGCGAACACUCUUGCACGUCCCCCUACAGCAGUGAGCAGGCGCCGUCGCCCUACAGCGACCAUGUGGUCUCGCCGCCCCGCCCCCCGCCGCCAGCCUACCCCUCCGACGGUCUCUGUGUUCCCUUCUCGCCCGAUGUCGCUGCCCUGCUGCCCGCUCACGUGUUACCAGCUCAGCUCGUCAACUCCAGGCCCCAGUGGGGCACCAUCAGCCUGAGCGAGUCGGCCAGCUUCAGUGGCCUGAUGGCGCCCGGGCCUGAGGGUCACCUGCUCUCCACCUCGCUCUCCACCUCGCUCUCCACUCCCCACUUGCCCUCCACCUUCUCCAGCACCAAGGCACCCGGCAAUGCUGUCCUGCUCGCUGCACUCGGCGAGGCCGGCUUCAGCGGCAAUGGCUGCGGCGCUAGUCUGGGCCCAUCCUCCCCUCCAGACCUCUCCUCUUCCUCCAACCCCGCCAAGCCGCCUCUGCCACAGUUCAGUGCCGCCUUUGGGCCGCAGCUCGGCUCCCACAGCGGCAUCCCCAAGGACGUUCAGCCCACCCACAGCUCGGUCGCACCUCCCAAGGGCUUCUCUGUCACCGCCGCCAUCAGCACGAACAAGGUCUCGGCACCCUACAGCCCUUCGCAGUGAGUCACGGCGCAAUGAAACACCACCCUGUUUUCUCCCUUGCAAGUGAGGGUCGAGAUGUUUUCCCCAUCUCUGAUAUAUUCAGUGGCUUCUUGGAAUUUUUCAAGGGUAUCAGCUGGUCGUUUUUCUUAAAACAAACUCUUCCUGCAUGUGGUAAGAGGGGUAAACCUGUAAGGGCCAAGGCUUUUGGGAGAACCUGACUUGUGACCAAACAGAGAUGCCAGUGAUUCCUACCUUUAUUGAUACAAAGGACACACAUAAUGGGUAAUGCUCAUCAUUCUCGCAUCCAACGUUCCUGACGUCAAAAAGGGGCACAUACCUUUUGAUUUUGGUAAUGAACGACAGACCCAAAUCUCUUUGCACACCUGUUUUCUAGGCAUAUUUCCCUGCUUUCUCCACCUCUAGCAUUUAUGAACACUGCCUCCUCUAUCUCCCCUCCAUUCCCAGUCCAUCAUUGGCAUCUCUGUUGUGAGCAGCAUUUUAACAAAUUGGCAGCCAGACCAAACUCCUGCCAACAUUUUUUUAACCAGAUAUCUCUGACCUGGAUAUUUUGCCAAGCAGCCACUAUGAGUUUAGGUGACUUCCUUUCCACCUUGCUAGGACUUUGUGUGCUUUUUGAACAGGGGAAUGGGUGACAUUUUCCCCCCUUUUCAGGGCUAAAAGAGCUAAUACAUUCAAUUUGAGUAUAUUUUUUAUGUAAAUACAUUAGUACAUUUUAUGACAUUGCUUAUUCUAUAAAACCAUUAAUGGCACACUGUUAAACUCGAGGUAGAUGUUUGGCUCAUUGAGGCUUUUUAUAUAAUAAAAUUGACUCGGAUACACACUAAGUUGUAGAUCAGGUGCCCACGGUCUCUGCACAGACAUGCCCCACAUUGCUGUGAGAUUCUUAAGCUAGGUGCAGUGCUGACAUCAUUUACUUGCUAAAAUGUAAUCCUAAAACUCAGCCUAAAGUCUUCUGUGAAUGGACUACUAACAAGCAAAUCAUUUCAAUCUGCAAGGAUACCUGGGUGUUUUAUAAAUGCCAUAUUUGCAGAGAUAUCUCCUAAGCUCAAAGCCACGAAUAAGAUUUAUUUUGCCAUCCAGCUGAACAUUGCACCCUUCUCCAACAACCCCCUUCACCUCUGUUGUUCUAUCUAUAAUCUCCAGUCCCUAUGCCUGCCCCUUCUUGCAAGGGUGUUCAAAACUUAAAGCAUCAGUUCUUUUGGCUCCAAUUUAUAUAUUUCCAUGAGAGGCCAGUUGGAGUUACUCUUCCUAAAAUCAUAGGUGCUGCACCUGAGAGACCUAAUACUCGCAAUAAAACUUGUUCACUGAAGCUUUUGUUGCAUUUUAGUUAGCUUGGAUGGGAGAGAAAAUAAAAUAGCCUGUGUAUCUUGGUGUAGGACAGCAGAGGUUGAGGAUUUUCUAGGAACAGUGGGAAAUUGGGUAGGGUAAUGUUACUUCCAUUUUUGGGAACCCUUAAAAGCUGGGCUUUUGAGGUGUCGUCAUAUCGUUAACAGCAUCACAGCGUAUGGAAUCCCAAUUUGCUCUCAAACCAGUACUUUUGAUGCUCUCAAAGGUUAGUUCAUGUGUGGUCUGGAGGUGCUGAUCCCUGGCUUCUAGAGUUUGGUUGUUUAUUCCACUGCCUCAAGACCUGUAUGCAGCUGACACAAAAUAACGGUGGCUAAAGUGUACCACCCACUGUUUUCUGCAAUGCAUCCAGUGUCUUAUAAUGCCAAAUAUUUUAGAUUUAUUUGAGAGAACUUUUAUGUUAAAAGCUCAGCAUGUGUAUAAAAUCUAUCCAAUGAGCUAUAAGCUUGUUUUACUUGUGGAGUUUUCAGAUGAUAUGCUACAAUGGGGUUACCCCAGUUUUAACAUUUUAAUCACACGUACACACUCAUAACCUAUAUUGUACAUAAUAUACAUCGUAUGGAGCUCCUCCAUACAACACUUAUGGCAUUGCCCAGUUCCCACAGCCUGGUCCUCUUAUACAUUUCCUGCACUCUUAGAACUUCCCAUUAAAAAUUGAAAGGUUAGGGAAGAGAUUCAAUGAAACGUUGCUUGUGAAUGCUUUGUGCAUUUGAUUUGAAAUAAGGGGCCAUUCCCAGUACAUCUUGAAAAGGUGUGGAGGAUUCCAAGUUAGUGUUAUUUGUUUCUUUGAAUAAAGGUGAACUUGCUACACAUUGUGGAACAGAUCCAUGCCAGAUAUGUUUUGUGGAAGGACAAUAACAAUUUUCUGCACACACAACCCCUUUUUGAAUAAAAAAACAAAUCGUGCAUUCCCAAUAUUCUAUUUUAAUUUAAACAUCCACAUUUUGUUAAACCUGAUGCC